AGGGGAUGGACUGGGUGAAGGUCAUGGAAUGCUUGGUCAGGCUGGGAGCGGCAAGCUGCGUGUAUCAAUGGGUCAGAGCAAACUUGCCGCAAAAGUUGCUAAGAAGUUCAAGGAAAAGCUUUACGGAAGCAGUGGUGCUACAUCGGGACUAAUUUCAAGUUUAGCGUGUACGCCUGUGCAGGGGAUUGAGCUCUCGAAUCCACAGGCUCAUGCACACCAGCUUGGCGGUGGAGCUCAAAGCGCCUACUUCUCUGAGACGGGAACAUUUUCAAGAACUGGGAGGAUCUGAUCCAGAUCCAUACAAAGGAAGUUUUCAUGUAUCCGGGAGAAUUCCCUGGUUGCCAAUACCGUGAACGCUGUAGCCAAAAUGUGUAAAUGAUUUUACUAGAUGAAGUCGUGUUUGCUCGUUGUGAUAUAGUAGUUACUGACCUUCGGUGGAUGGUAAAAGGUGGAGGAUGUUACUUCAGAGAUAAAAAUAUUUUGUUUUUCAGAAGACGUACUAAUUCAAGCUGUGAUACGUGCUUUCGGGAAUAACUCAUCUGUACUUUCUUCCCCUUGC